AUGAGUGACGCCAAAGACAUUCGACAAGAGAAUAAUGUAUGGAGUAGCAAAUACUUCGCUCUUUCUAUGGGAGCAAUCAUGGUAUUGUUCAUGGUUCGCCAGUGGUCUCAAUUCCUCAUUUUCCAUUAUGGGUACAGGCAAAAGACUGGCAUCUUCGCCAGAGCCUUCUCCAAAAUUUCUCUAUUUUUGCGACGCUUUUUUCUCAGCAAGGUCUUUGGACUUGCGGUCGACAGGUUACUUCUGUACACGAUAUACUGGGCUAUUAACCUGAUUCUACUAUUGACAAACAAUAAAAUGGAAGCUGAAUAUAUUGCAAGACGAUUAGGUUGGAUCUCAGUUGCAAACCUGGCUCUCCUCGUGUUCCUGGCCCUCAAAAACACGCCCCUCGCACCUCUCUCAGCGCAAUCUUACGAGAAGUUACGUCCAUUGCAUAAGACUGCCGGCUACACCUGCAUCCUCGUUACUGUCCUCCACGGCCUUAUAUUUGUGACCGAGUCGGCCAUCAGCGACAUAUUGUACAAAUUCAAAGAGCAAAAGGACUAUGCAGGAGCUAUUGCCGGCCUUGCGAUGAUUUUCAUUGGCGUCUCUACAGUCCCUUGGAUUAUGCCGAAGCAGUAUGAAGUAUUCUACGUGAUGCAUGUUACAAUGUUCAUACUCAUCAUGAUCACACUCGGCAUGCACCGGCCCGAGUUCAAAGACUCCACAAUUAUCAUCACCAUUUUCAUAGCCUGUCUCUGGAUGUACGAUCGCAUAAUCAGGGCAGGCAAGCUGUGUUGGAACUUCUUUGGCAAUUAUGCAACUAUAACCCCCCUUCCAAACAAUGCAAUUCGAGUACAGCUCAGCCGUCCUAUUUGCUCUCGACCGGGAUCCCAUGCCUUUUUGUGGCUUCCUGCGAUUCGAUGGGCAGAGACUCACCCGUUCACAAUGGUUUCGGUAGAUCCGGUUCAGUUUGUGAUUCGAGUCUACGAUGGUUUUACCCGUGACCUCUACAACGCUGCGCAGUCAUCUCCAGGACGAUCACUGCGCUGUUCUGUUGACGGAGGCUACGGACAAGUCCCGAACUUUGGGGUGUAUGACAAGGUCAUUCUUGUCGCAGGUGGUAGUGGGGCUAGUUUCACAUUUGCUGUAGCGUUGAAAUUGAUUCAGAAAAUCGCAGAAAAAAGGGCUUCAAAGACUAUCGACUUUAUAUGGGCUGUUCAAUACGGCGAUACAUUGGAAUGGUUUGAAGAUGAAUUGAGACAACUUGAGAUGAGUCCGAUAGUCAACUUGGUCAUCCAUGUCACUCGUGGCUCUAGCGCAUCAUCUCCGAAACUUGUCCCAAAGUCUGAUGGCGGCGAUCUGGAGAAAGGCGCGUCGAGGAGCACCAGAGAGGCGAGCUCGAUCAAGUCAACAGGCAUCCGAGAAGGGCGUCCUGACAUUUCCAGCCUCAUUAAGACUGCUACUGCCUCUGCAGAUCCAAAUGAUCGCAUCAUGGUUGGGGCAUGUGGCCCUGUGAAAAUGAUCGAUCAAACACGGAAUGCUGUAUCUGAGAGCAUGUGUGAAGAUGGCCCAUCCAUAACUCUAUACACUGAGGUUAGUUGUCCGCACUAUGUCACACGGAGCCUUUAUGAACUGACAUGUUUCAGGAAUUUGAAUGGUGAGCAGGGUUUCGACAGAAAGGGAUCUCAAAUGUAUGAAUUUUACGGCCAACAUCUCUAG